GAUGUCGGGGAAAGGGCUUGAAGGAGGAACUACGGAGGCUUCCAGAAGAUUUUGAUUAACAGCAAGCGCUAGGGAAGGCCACAGGGAUACAAAAGGGUAGGAGGAGGAUCCAGAGACUUCCAAGUUGUAGACUUUGGAGGCAUCCGGUUCCUUUCCCAGCUUUGUCAAGAAUUCCCUGGGAGGCGGACACCCUCAAAAUAAAAAACGGGAACCACAGAGAAGGGGAAAAAGAAGAACCACAAGCGUUUUGAGAAACAAACAGAGGCUGGGCCUAGGGCCUGGGGUGUGCCCUGCAACUGGGGGGGGUGGGGCUGGAUGAUCUUGGAGUCAGGGAGCAGCAGCCUCCCACAGGAUGUGAGAGAGGAACUGGGGUCUCCAGUCACGGGAGCCAGGAGCCGGCCAGGGCCGCAGGCAGGAAGGGAGCGAGGCUGAAGGGAACGUCGUCCUCUCAGCAUGAGGGUCCCGCGGCCUCAGCCCUGGGCGCUGGGGCUCCUGCUCUUUCUUCUGCCCGGGAGCCUGGGCGCAGAAAGCCACCUCUCCCUCCUGUACCACCUCACCGCGGUGUCCUCGCCUGCCCCGGGGACUCCUGCCUUCUGGGUGUCUGGCUGGCUGGGCCCGCAGCAGUACCUGAGCUACAAUAGCCUGCGGGGCCAGGCGGAGCCCUGUGGAGCUUGGGUCUGGGAAAACCAAGUGUCCUGGUAUUGGGAGAAAGAGACCACAGAUCUGAGGAUCAAGGAGAAGCUCUUUCUGGAAGCUUUCAAAGCUUUGGGGGGAAAAGGCCCCUACACUCUGCAGGGCCUGCUGGGCUGUGAACUGAGCCCUGACAACACCUCAGUGCCCACCGCCAAGUUCGCCCUGAACGGCGAGGAGUUCAUGAAUUUCGACCUCAAGCAGGGCACCUGGGGUGGGGACUGGCCCGAGGCCCUGGCCAUCAGUCAGCGGUGGCAGCAGCAGGACAAGGCGGCCAACAAGGAGCUCACCUUCCUGCUAUUUUCCUGCCCACACCGGCUGCGGGAGCACCUGGAGAGGGGCCGUGGAAACCUGGAGUGGAAGGAGCCCCCCUCCAUGCGCCUGAAGGCCCGACCCGGCAACCCUGGCUUUUCCGUGCUUACCUGCAGCGCCUUCUCCUUCUACCCUCCGGAACUGCAAAUUCGAUUCCUGCGGAGUGGGCUGGCCGUUGGCACCGGCCAGGGCGACUUCGGCCCCAACAGUGACGGCUCCUUCCACGCCUCGUCGUCACUAACGGUCAAAAGUGGCGAUGAGCACCACUACUGCUGCAUUGUGCAGCACGCGGGGCUGGCGCAGCCCCUCAGGGUGGAGCUGGAAACCCCAGCCAAGUCCUCCGUGCUCGUGGUGGGAAUCGUCAUCAGUGUCUUGCUACUCACGGCAGCGGCUGUAGGAGGAGCUCUAUUGUGGAGAAGGAUGAGGAGUGGGCUGCCAGCCCCUUGGAUCUCCCUCCGUGGAGACGACACCGGGUCCCUCCUGCCCACCCCGGGGGAGGACCAGGAUGCUGAUUCGAAGGAUAUAAAUGUGAUCCCAGCCACCGCCUGAGCAUCUGCCAUUCCGACUGCUAAAAGCGAAUGUAGUCAGGCCCCUUUCAUGCUGUGAGACCUCCUGGAACACUGGCAUCUCUGAGCCUCCAGAAGGGGUCCUGGGCCCUGUUGUCCUCCCUCUGGAGCCCCGUCCUGUGGUCUGCCUCAGUUUCCCCUCCUAAUACAUAUGGCUGUUUUCCACCUCGAUAAUAUAACAUGAGUUUGGGCCCGAA